AUGGUGCUUCUGCUGCUGCUGCCGUCACUGGGGCACCGCAUCUGCGGUCCUUUCUUGUGCUCGAAGCGUGCGGCCGCCGCGUUGCCCAAGUUGCAGUGUUCGCUGGACAGAGCCGUGGCGCUGUGUUUCGCGAAGGCCGAGAAGCGGCGGCCGGCCGCUGGCGCCAACCAGACGCUGAAGCUGGUGAUUCGGCCGGCGCCCGAGGAUGGAUGGUACGUGAUGAAGCCGAAC